CUGAUGUCUUCGUUGUGUUGGUCCUGGGGACCUGGGUCGUCGGGGAUCUCUCGUGUGCCCUGGGCAGCGCUUGCGUCCUUGGCUGGUUUCUGCUUGUUUCGGAGACAAGCCUUCGAGUUCGUCCAGGUGUCAGUAUUGGUGAUGACUCUGAUUUCCGCUGCACGUAACCAAAGAGGCAACGCCACGCUUGGUCUCUUUAGCAACGUCCACACUACCUGUAUUGGCGUUGCCACAUUUCAAGGCCUGGCAAGUGUUUUUGGGAUGGUUCUUGUUGUGCAAGGUCGGCAUUUCAGUGUUCCGCGCAGUCGCGACUGGACGUUGUCGGGAGGGGAGGCCACGCUUGUGUAG